UGGGAAUUGUUCCUGGCAUCAGUGCAACAAUCUGUGUUGAAAUCCAAUGGCCGCUCUGAGAUGAUGCAGAACGUCGCCAGGUGACCCCAGGGGGGGCAAAGAUGGAUGAUGAUCCAGCCGAAGUUCGUGUCGAGGUUGAACCAAGGCCCAAGGAAAAAAAGGAAAAAGACAAAAAGGAGAAAAAAGACAAAAAGGAAAAAAAAGACAGAAAGGAACUGGUGUCUGAAGAUGGGAAUGGGGAUGCUCUAGAUGCGGAUGCCUCUGGAAGCAAGGAGGACAAGAAGAACAAAAAAUCCAAAAAAGAGAAGAAAGAAGGAAAGGGGAAGGCAGAAAAACAAACAGAGGAAGGAGGAGAAACAGACAUUCUUGAUCCAGUUGCAAGUGAUGCCGAACAAGAAACAAGGAGGUCUGUUGGCUCAAUCUUCGCGAGUGAGGAUUUUGGCGGUGCAGCCUUGGUUGUCAUCGAGGAAAGUCCGAAUGACGAUGCCCUUUCUCCACAGGGUGAACAGGCCAUAGACGAGGAGCUCUCGCCAGGUGCUCUGCUGGACACCGAUGGGGAUGGUUUUGAGAAAAAAAACAAAAAAGAAAAGAAACACAAAAAAGAGAAGAAAGAGAAGAAACGGAAAAAAAGUGACAUUGUCGAAGCAGAAGAGCAUGGCAGAGAAAUGCCAAGUCCUGAUGAGCCAAAGAACGGAGCUGACGUUGGCAACGGUGAAAUGGGCGAAGCAGAUCCCUUCAUGGACCAAACCGGUGGCUUGGCUCCAGAGGACAUUGAGGAAAUUGCUCUUCGAGGCCCAAUCAAACUGGGUGCGGGCGAUGAUCUCAACAUCCCUGAGAGAGUCAACCCGAUGCCCAAGCGACUUACACUAACUGGCAAAGAGACAGUGCGAAAAUGCACGAGGUGCGACCUCCUAUGGGAUGGCCGACUGAGCACGUGCCCCGAAUGUCGCUCUCCCUUGAUGGAUAGCACCUUGAAGGUGAGUGAGCUGCUUUCGCCCAGCCAGCGAGACUUUUUAAAGCAGGCCUUCAUGCGCUAUGACGUUGAUCGAUCUGGACGAUUAGAUGGCAAGGAGUUGCGAAUGGCUGUCCGCGAGCUUGGAUGGGACUCUAAGCAGGAAGUUCUGGACAAGUGGGCACGAUUGGGAGGACUGCAGGGCCUCAACUUAGAGGAGUUUGAAAAUCUGAUUGCCAGCGGAAAGCUUGGGAAGAAGACCUUCAGAGCCGUGAAAGGUUCGGCGAGCCAGGCAGUGAAAGACGAACAGCAGCAAAUGCUACAGCUGGCAGCAGGUGCCAAUCUUCAGUUCACCACGGCAGGAAGGCAAGGCAGACGCAUGGGGCUGGUUCCUGGCAAGGACGAACCAGCCUUGCCUUCGGCUGAAGAUGUGCCUGCUGCAGCAACGAUACCUCUGGGUGAAGGCGAGAGUGUCUUCGCUGAGCUCCCGGCGCAUCGCAAGAUUGAGCUCAUGGAGGCGUGGUCCUUUUGGGAUGCAGAUCAUUCAGGAUUCCUUGAGCCGCUAGAGAUGCUAAGUGCAACGAAAGGCUUGGGCUUCCACUUCCCAAUUGAGGUAAUCGUUGCAGUCUGUGCCAAGCAUGGUGGAGGGAUCGACCAAGAGAAUUUUGUGCGAGUGAUGUCAGUGCAAAUCAAGCAGCGCGAUCAGGAGCUUGGCGUGUGGGCUUCUUCCGUGCUUGACUUUGAGUUUGAUUUGGACUUCGACAUGGACGAGCCGGAAAUCAGUACACCGGCAAAAAAGUGGAAGAGGGAACUGGCAAAGGCUGAGCUCAACCUUCGCAGAACCAGCGUGACAGACAGCCUUUUCCGAUGGAGGAACCUGAUCUGUACCUCGCACGCCACGGUCGGAGAAUAUGCAAUUGGAAUCAGGUUGUACUUCGACCUGCUGAUGCUGCUUGUGAUCGCCUUUGGAGUACUCACCUUUAUGACGCUUCCUUUCUUGUUGAUGUGUGGUGCCGGCACGGCAGGUGGCCCUGUGCUGGAGCAGACUGAUGUGGUUCUCAGCACCCUUGCCAGAUAUUCGGUGGGGAAUCUGAACAGGUCAUCGGCGGCUGAUGCCACGGUGCACAUCAUGAACGAGUUUAUUGGCUCUAUGUCGCUGCUGGGUGUUCUACUUCUGUUCCGCUUCGUGAUCGUGAAGCGAGCAACCUACACAUCCAAUCAGCGGAACCUUUCCAACCUCGCAGUCCAGGUGAGGGCACUUCCAAAAGACUUGGGCUAUCAUCAUUUGGGCUACGAAGAGUUGAUACGUGAACACUUCCAAACUGUGGCCUACGAGCGUGCUGUCAGGGUGCGUGUCCCACUUGUGACACUUGUGCGGAGCAUGUUCUCGUUCAGCUUUUCUGGUGAUGUCCUCCGUGCCAUUCUGUGCCAUCCUUUCCAGAUGGGCACAGCUCACGAGUUGGACGACCAGCCGGUUCGCGAGGUAGUCAUGUGGCGAAACUACGAGGGCGCUGUGCACGGUGUUUUGGAGCAGGUCGAGCUGCAAGCAAGACAACACUCCAUCAACACGGAGCUGAAGUUUCUGGAGCAGAAAGCCAGUGAGUACCGCCUUUCCGAUGAGCUGGAGCAUGACUUGGGCUACACAGCGGGGGGAUCGUGCCCUGGCGUUCCAAAUCAGCAGCAAUGCUAUUUGGACACUUGGCAGAGCGAAGGGCUCAGAUGUUCAGAUCUGACUUUGCGAGAAAAGUUUCUGGGCAUUGUGGAAGUUGUUGCGGGGCAUUGGAUGCGGGCACUAAUCCCUGAGGUACUGCAGUCACGGGGACCAACAGCAGCCAGAAGCUCAUCAAACCAACAACAUUGCCGUGCAUUGCAGCCUUUGCUGAACCUCACAUCCUCUGAGUUCAUGAAGACGGUGCUGAUUACUCUGCUGCCGGGAACCUGA